AAACCCUCAAAUCUCCCUAAUUCAAUCUCAAUUUCGACAUUUUCAACAUCAGAUUUGCAAUCAAAAUGACAGGAUCAGGUUCCCCCUGUGGUGCCUGCAAAUUCCUGAGAAGAAAAUGUAUCAGAGGAUGUGUUUUCGCCCCAUAUUUCUGCCAUGAACAAGGAGCUUCCCAUUUUGCAGCCAUCCACAAAGUCUUCGGCGCCAGCAACGUCUCGAAGCUCCUCGCCCAUCUUCCAGUCACCGAUCGUUGCGAAGCCGCCGUCACGAUCUCUUACGAAGCUCAGGCCAGGCUCCAGGACCCCAUCUAUGGCUGUGUCUCUCAUAUCUUUGCCCUCCAGCAGCAGGUGGUGAAUCUGCAGGCGCAAUUGGCCUGUCUGAGGGAGCAGGCGAUCAUGAACAAUGGGAAUGUUAAUUUGGGGGCGAUGCAAAACCCUAACCCUAAUCCUGAUCCCAAAAUUUUCUGUUCUAACAGCAAUUUCCCACAGGAUUUUCAGAAUUGGUUUCAGAAUUUUCAGAAUCAGGGCUCGAUGAUGCCUCCCCAAUCUUCGAAUGGAAAUAAUGAUUAUUACAAUGAGAGGUUUGAGAAUUUGCCCUACUUUGGAAGCAGCUCGGAAUCCAUGGAAAACACCUCGAUCGAUUCGCAGUCAAACGACAGGGAAUGGAACACGACGACGUCGUUUCAGGAUGAUGCUGAUGAUCUUCAGUCUGUGGCUUUCAGAUACAUUCACCAUUGAUGAUAUUAAUUAUGAUCUAUUUUGAUCUUCUUGAGAUGAUCGAUCAAUGUUGAUUUUAAUUAAUUUGGUUGGCUUCUUCUUCGUCAAUUAGGGCUUUUCGA